UCACAAACUGUAUUAAAAGUAUAAGAAGAAUAAUUGAUAGAUUCAUUUAUUUUGCUGGUUUUUCAUAGAACAGACUUGGCAAAAUAACAAAAUGUGAAUUUGAAUUAUUUAUAUGUCAAUCUGAAAUGAGAAAAUUCAACCCGAGACUACGUGCUGUUUAAAGUUGUCAUUGGCAAAGAGGAGUAAAAUAGCACAAAUAAGAUAAAAUAAAAUCAGUUAAAUAAGUGUGUUAAAGAUCAAUUGGUGUCAUUAAAUCCAUUAAGACGAAGUAGCACAGGUGUGUCUUAGUUCGUGUGUCGAUUUUGGCUCCCGGAGCUAUGGAAAAAGAUCGAGGUGGUUGCAGCAGCAGUAGCGGCACGCGCUACGUCAGUGCAGGCGAUCGCAGCAGCGCCAUUAGCGGAACUUCACAUGCUCUCAUUUCCAGUGAAUAUGAUGGUUUAUUGAAAAAACAUAAAAAGUCUAAAAAGAAAAAAGAUAGACAUUCACACUCGCGUGAAAAUUCUCUGACGCGUCAGAUACGACGUAGCCGUAGCAACAGCAGCCCUUCACCACGAAGUCGAUCUGCUACCGCCACUGCCGAUACCGACACAGAAGGCGAUGGAGACUUGACAAUUAAGCAACCAUCCACGAAAACACAUGCCUUGAAUGCCAUUGUAGAAUACUCAGAUGUAAGUUCCGAAGAUUUCUCUGACCCAGAGGCAGGAGAAAUUAACUCGGAGCCCAGUGAAAAUACAAGAAAGCAAAGAGUUGAUACUACGGUAUUAAAUGUGGGCAAAGGUCUAAGGACGACAAAUCAAUUGCCUGCUCCCAAUGCUCCUAAAGCUGAUCUACCACUUCACAGCAUGAGUAGUGACGAUGACACCUUUAGAAGUAAACGCAAGGAUAGUCUUGAUAAUCUUUCGAAUCUUUCGCCAAAUCACGUCCGUCGAAUUAUUCUAGGCUCACCAGUGCGUGGAGUAAAAAGCAACAUUGGUGUUACACCAGGAAACAGCUCCAUGAAUGCCAAAUCAGACAAACCUUUGAUAUCAACCGGGUCAACCAAUGAUUCCAAUGCCACAAUUUCGACUCAUCAUGCUUCAAAGGAAUGUGAUCCCACAGCAAAGAAACAAGCAAAGAACAGUGUUAAUAGCAGCAGUAGUAGCAAACUACUAGAUGAAGAGGUUUCUGACUGGGAUGCGGCUUUGGCUAGCAGUGAUUCAAUGGACACCGAUGAAUUUGAAGCUGAAUUAAAACGACAGAAGCGCAAAAAGGCCAAAAAAGACAAAAAACAUAAGAGAAGUAAGAAGUCGAAGAAACGAAGAAAGAAGCGUGCGCGGUCCUAUUCGAGCAUUGAGUCCAUUUCUGAUAAUGAUCUGGAUGCAGUUAUAGCGUCUGAAAGCAUGCGCCACUAUACUCCUUCGCCGAAAGUACAUCGUGGUCAUGAAAAGAUUGUGGGCAAUAAUGCAGUCAGAAGUCCAGAACGUAACACGGCUGGUAGUGGCGUUGGAUCGUCCUAUACACCCAUCAAAGAAGACAGUCCAUUAUCGAUAGAUACACCGCCUAUGCGACCCGGUAGUAGCAAUAGUUAUUAUGCUGAAAAAGCCGGGGGAGCAGCGGCAACGAAAGCGACAGGUGCCUCCGCCGUUGCGGCAGCGUCCGGCCUACAAGUGACCGUAACUAAUCAGCGUCAUCGCACACCGCCUCGUACAAGCGCUAAAACACGUUUUCCCGCCGCAACAUCACCGCAUACACCGCCACUUUAUAUCGGCGGAGGUGCUGAACGUGGACAAACCACGCGCGGCACACGUUAUGCACUUAGCCCACCAAAAGAAGAGCUGCUAUCUGCGCACCAUCAGCAUCAUCACCGCUCAUUGAGCAAUGCUAGCGGAGGUGGUAUUUCCAGUCAUCAUUACAGUGCGCGCAGCGGAAGUGGUGUAGAUGUGCAUAAAUAUAAAGCUGUGUCACCAGAGCGCUACCACCACCAUCAGCCAGCCACACCCCCUCACAAGCGAAGAAAAGUCUUUGAAACCCGCACGGCCACAUACGAUUCACACCAUACACGUCACCAUAGUUCUAAUGCGCAUAGUUUACGUAAAGCACACGACUAUGACCGCUUCGGUAGCAGUGGUCGGGACAAAUAUGGUAGACGCUACUCUAGAAGUCCGAGUGUGUUGAACGUACGUAGCAGACAAUCUCCAGCAUACCCGGCAACCUCUUCAUCAGCAUAUCGCAGUACCGUUACUGGUGGCAGUCAUCGUCAUAACAGUAGUAAAUACAUGCAGACUGCAUCUCCGUCGCCCGUACGCUCACGGUCGUCGAAACGUGGCAUGGGCAAUGAUCGCUACUCGCGUUCACGUUCUCCACACUCUUUAACGCGACACUAUGACUCACCACCUUCACCGAUAUGUGCGGCUGGUGUAAGUGGGCGUUCAUCACAUCGGCGUUACCGUUCUUCUUCACGUAGCCGCCGUCGUCGCGCCGGCAGUAAGCGUUCAUACACACGUUCACGCAGCCGGUCACGUUCACGUACCCGUACGCGAUCGCGCUCACCUUCUUCAUCACCCACAUCACGCGACCUGAAGCUCAAGCGCAUUGAAUAUAGUAAAAAAAUCAGUGAUACAAGUCUAUUCGCUGAACUGGUUAAAGACAAACACAAGAGACAAAAGGCGAUAGAUGCUCUUCUGGAACGCCAGGAAGAAAACAGUAACAGCAAUAGUGCGCUCAUCAUAAAUGAGAACAGCUCGUCUGUGGAUAGUGGUACGCCCAAGGUUGUCACACAAUCAGACCUUACGCCGUCCACCACCGACAGUACCAUGACGAAAAUGACGACGUUAGCGCCAAUCCUAGCCACAAAUAUUGUCUCAACGCCCAAUGGCGUGAGUAGUGGCAGUAAAUCGGUUGUAGAAGUAACUAACAUUCCCAUGCCGAAAUUAGUGGACGAGAAGGUCCUAUCUGACGCUCCAGCUACUGAAUCCGCCAAGAUUGCUCCGACCAGUACUACCACAAAAGAUGAAACAGAUCGUGAAACUGUAAUCCCACCGCCAAUUAAGAUUAAACCGAAAAGUCUUACUGCAUUACCUAUGCCACCGGGAAUAAGCGCCGCUGAUUUAGCCAAUGCAACAACACCAUCUCCACCCCCAGAAUAUGGCAUCUUAAACGCUUCCUCCGCCAAGAAAAUAAAUAGCAAUAGUGCCUCAACCGCAUCCACGACGACAACAUCAACGCCAGCCACGAACUCCAAUGCCAACAAAAGUUUACUCAACUUGCCGAUGCCGCCAAUGGUACCGGGCGGAGAGGAGUUGAGUGGCGAUGAGGAUGAUGUUAUUAAUAGUCCGGAAGAUUUUGAUACGACAAAUGCGAGUAGCAGCACGGCGAAAUGUAGCACGGAAAAUGCGUCAAACGAUGGCAAUGGCAACGGUAAAAUGUCAAACAGUAAUAAGGGAGGCACCAAUGCAGCGUCUUCAAAACGCAAGCGGCCUGUAAUAUUGAACCGUCGCGACUCACGUAACCAAGUACGUGAUUGGGGCGAACGGUGUGUGGACGUGUUCGAGAUGAUAGCGCAGAUCGGAGAAGGCACAUAUGGACAGGUUUAUAAAGCGCGUGAUCAUCAUACAAACGAAAUGGUUGCGCUGAAGAAAGUGCGUUUGGAGCACGAAAAGGAGGGCUUUCCAAUUACAGCUGUGCGUGAAAUAAAAAUUUUACGCCAACUGAAUCAUCGCAAUAUUGUCAAUCUUCACGAAAUCGUCACCGACAAGCAGGAUGCUUUGGAAUUUCGCAAAGAUAAGGGCUCAUUUUAUUUGGUAUUCGAAUAUAUGGAUCACGAUCUAAUGGGUCUGCUGGAGUCGGGCAUGGUCGAUUUUAAUGAAGAGAAUAACGCAAGUAUUAUGAAGCAACUCUUGGAUGGCCUGAAUUACUGCCAUAAAAAGAACUUUCUUCAUCGUGAUAUCAAAUGUUCAAAUAUUUUAAUGAACAAUAAAGGUCAAGUAAAACUGGCCGAUUUCGGUUUGGCACGCCUGUACAACGCUGAGGAUCGUGAACGUCCCUACACUAACAAAGUGAUAACACUGUGGUAUCGUCCACCCGAACUACUACUCGGCGAAGAGCGCUAUGGCCCAGCUAUCGAUGUGUGGUCAUGUGGUUGUAUACUAGGUGAGUUAUUCGUCAAACGACCACUCUUCCAAGCGAAUGCUGAGAUGCCACAAUUAGAGACUAUAUCGAGAGUCUGUGGCACACCGGUGCCGGCCGUAUGGCCAAAUGUUAUCAAACUACCACUCUUCCACACAUUCAAGCCAAAACGUCAACAUAGACGACGACUACGUGAGGAUUUCGAAUUUAUGCCAAUACCUGCGUUGGAUUUGCUCGAUCGUAUGCUGGAAUUAGAUCCUGAUCGCCGCAUUACCGCUGAGGAAGCGCUAAAAUCGCCAUGGCUCGUCAAUAUCAAUCCUGAUGAAAUGGCUAUACCAAGGCUACCCACUUGGCAGGAUUGCCACGAGCUGUGGAGCAAAAAACUACGUCGUCAAAAACGCGAACAAGGAGAAGCAGGACCGCUGUGAAACUACAUUUAUCCUAUGGUGGAGACACCAGUCUUAGGCACGACGGCCCAGCGCUUAACAGACGAUGACGAUGAUAAUGUGGGCGCAACGUCGGGCAACAAUCAACAACUGUUUAUAUGGCAUCUGAAGCAACAACAAUAGUAAUAUAGAAGACAUUUCAUGGCGCCAUAGAUACAUGACAACAACCAUCGACUAAAUGAACAAACUUUCUAUUAAGAGUUUUGAAUGUAAGAUGGUGAAAUGUUUGGCGCAGCGUUAAUUGUUAAUGCGUGGUUGUAGUAAAAAGUGUUGAAAGCUUAGCAAUACACUUACAAACUUUCUGCAUAAUUUAUAUAUAGUAAUUUUAAUUGUAUCAACAUUUUAGUUUUUUAUAAUUACUAUUAAAACUUACUAUUAAUAUUAUCAUCAUAUUAUUAACGGCAUCGAGUGAAAGCGUAAACUAAAUUAUAGUUAGUUUUAAAACAUCAAGAAGAAUAAAAAUUUAAUUAUAUGUAGAUAAAGAAGCUGUCAAACUUUGUAAACAAACUACAAAAACAAGACAAUUUAAUAAAUGAAAAAAAAAUCACAUUUAUUCGUAUAAGUACACAAAACUAAAUUCAAAAAAAAUUUUCAAUGCCUUUUGCGUGUUUUUAUUUGACGUGCUUUGAAGUACAAAACUCAUUUGAAGCAGAAGUCCUUUAAAAAAUGGUGAAUGGUUGACAUUUGUACACUUAGCACAUACAAUGUAACUAUUUCCGUUUCAAAAGCUAAUAAGUCCAUGAAAGUUAAACGUAAAUAAGGAAAAAAUAAAAACAAAAUAUUGAAGAAAAGCUCACAGAUGUCUGGAAUGUGGUUUGUUUAAAAACAUAUUUGAAUUGCUGAAUGUAAAAUAAUGUAUUGGAAUAUCAAAAUUGGGAACAAAUGAAAUUUGCAUGAUUUUGAGGUCGAACAAGUUUUAUACGAAAAAUUAGAGAGCAAUUUUUUCACACUAUAAUUUUUAUUAUUAUUUUUUUCGAAAACUGACUAUUCAAAUACGUAAUUGCUAUUAUUAUGUUCGAUUUGAAGUCAGUCUACAUUUCCGAAUUGAUGGAAUUUGAUAAUUUUCAAUAAUUCUUAUAUAUACUAAACAUGUAUGUGCAUAUGAAACAAUGUACGGCAAAAAUAUUGUUUACAAAAAAUACUUAAAGAAAGGUUGCAACUAUAAACGAAAAUCAUGAACAAAUAGCAGCAGUUCGAACUUUAGUCAAUAAAAAUAAUUCAAAAAAUAUAUAUAAAAAAAAGUUUAUUACGUUUAUAAGUAUGUAUGUUGUAUAGCGUGUAUGUUUACCUCCGAAUCCUUGCUUUUCUACUUGAUUAUAAAUAUUAUACUGAAAUUUAUAAGAAAUAUAUACAUAUAGGAUAUGGUAUAUGGACAUAUUCUAGUAUACGUCAAAAAAUGCAAAGGGGGUUUGAAAUAAGAAUUUUAUUUCCGGGCUGUCUUCAACAUACUCGUUAUAGGGCAUUUGACGUCUCAGUCUUCUUGUUUAAAAAAUUCCUUGUAUAUUUAAGUGGUAUUUGCACCGCAUUUACGCAGUUGGGCGAUAUCAGCGCAAAAAGUAAAUAUGUAUAAUAAUCGGGUUUGAGUGGUUUAAAUUUCACAGGAGUUUCAUUUACUCUAUUGUUUCAAUUAUAUUCAUUUUAAAUUUGGAUUAAUUAUCUCCUGUAAUUCGAAUUACUACCACUUUCUGUUGACUGAGUUGUUCCCCCAUGCACCCUACACUUGGAUUAAAACAAAAAACAA